AUGUCUUCGUCGCUGCAGACUUCGCACACCAAGACCGACCAGGAGCUUGCUGUUAGUAUCAAGAAAGCUACCAGUGCCGACGAGACGGCUCCAAAGCGCAAGCAUCCCCUCCUCGCCGACGAGGUCCAAACCUUCAAGGCGCUGAUUACCGUCCACAAGGUCCUGCAAGAGGGCCACCCUUCAACACUUCGGGAGGCCAUGUCGCAAAAGAGCUGGGUCGAUGGGUUGGGCCGCGGCUUGGCCGGAGAAGGUGUCAGGGGCUACGCCCCGCUCAUCAGGGAGUACGUCUACUACCUUUUGGCGAAGCUAUCUUUCCAUCAGCAGCAUCCCGAGUUCAACGGAACGUUCGAGUACGAGGAAUAUCUCAGCUUGAGGGCGAUCAACGAUCCGAACGAGGGCUACGAGACCAUCACCGACCUCAUGACCCUGCAGGACAAGAUUGAGCAGUUCCAGAAGCUCAUCUUCUCCCACUUCCGACAUGCGGGAAACAACGAAUGCCGCAUCUCUGCCCUGGUGCCCUUGGUGCAGGAGAGCUACGGAAUUUACAAGUUCAUCACCAGCAUGCUGCGCGCCAUGCACUCUACGACUGGCGAUGACGAAGCUCUCGAACCCCUGCGCAGCAGAUACGAGGCGCAGCACUACCGUCUCACCAAGUUCUACUACGAAUGCUCCAACCUUCGCUACCUCACAAGCUUGAUCACGAUUCCGAAACUCCCGCAAGACGCCCCGAACCUACGCGCCGAGGAUGACGAGGCUCCUGCACUGCCGGCACGGCCCAAGCAGGAGAUUGAACGGAACCCCACGCCUGUGCCCGAGCCCAAGUCGCAAGAGCCAGAUGACAUGAACGAGUUCUGGCAGAGCGAACUCGACCGCCAGAACCGCGAGUACGAGGAGCAACAGCGAGUGCUCGAGGAGAGGCAGAACGCACAGCAAAUGGCUCAACAGCAAGCUGCGCUGCAGGCCCAGAGGGACUUUGAGGAACAGCAGCGACAGCUCAUGGAGCAGCAGAAGCGCGAGCAAGAAGCGCUGAUGCAGCAGCAAAUGCAGUACCAGACCCAGGGAAGGCUAGCCGAGCUCGAGCAGGAGAACUUCCGGGCACGGUCGCAGUACGAGCAGGACCAGCUGAUGCUGCAGCAAUACGAUCAGCGGGUGAAGGCCUUGGAGAACGAGCUGGCCCAGAUCCAGGGCAACUACGGCCAGCAAAUGUCGAGUCGCGAUGACCAGAUUGCAGCCCUGCAGGAGCAGGUCAACACCUGGCGGACAAAGUACGAGGCGCUCGCCAAGCUGUACUCCCAGCUUCGCACAGAGCACCUCGACCUACUCAACAAGUUCAAGACGGUGCAGCUCAAGGCAGCCUCGGCUUCCGAGGCGAUAGAGAGACGCGAGAAGCUCGAGCGCGAGAUCAAGACGAAGAACCUAGAGCUUGCCGACAUGAUCAGGGAGCGAGACCGUGCCCUUCACGACAAGGACCGCGCGUCGGGCAGCAGCAAGGACGAGGUUGAGAAGUUGAAGCGCGAGCUCCGCAUGGCCCUCGACAAAGCGGAUAACCUGGAGAGGAGCAAGGGCAACGAGCUGUCCACGAUGCUGUCCAAGUACAACCGCGAGAUGGCCGAUCUCGAGGAGGCGCUGCGCAUCAAGUCCCGCGCUCUCGAAGACGCGCACUCCAAGGUUGCCAAUGGCAACACUGACAUCGAGCAGCUUCUGCGCGACAAGGAGGAAGAGCUCGAGGUCUACAAGGCGGGCAUGGACCAGACCCUCAUCGAGCUCAACGAGCUGCGACAGAAUCAGGGCGAGACGGACCACGCUCUGGACGGCCAGAUUGAUGCGCUCAUCAUGGCCAAUCUUGACAAGAUCAACGACAUCAUCGACUCGGUGCUGCAGUCUGGUGUUCAGCGCGUGGAUGAUGCGCUCUAUGAGCUGGAUUCUACAAUGCAGGCAGGCAAUCAGAACGCCUCGCCUUCCUACGUGCUGUCGCAGAUCGAGAAGGCGUCCUCGAACGCCAUGGAGUUCGCGACUGCCUUCAACAACUUUAUUGCCGACGGGCCAAACAGUACGCACGCCGAGCUUAUCAAGGCGAUCAACAUUUUCGCUGGUGCUAUUGCCGAUGUGUGCAGCAACUCCAAGGGUCUCACGCGCCUCGCGACGGACGAGAAGAGCAGCGAUACGCUCCUCAACGGCACCCGACAGUCGGCGCAAGCCGCCGUUAAGUUCUUCCGCGGUCUCCAGAGCUUCCGUCUCGAAGGCAUGGACCCGAUCCAGAAGACGGACGUUGUCAUCAACAGCAACAAUGAUGUGCAGAUGAACCUCCAAAAGCUGAACAAGUUUGUCGAGACGUUUGCGCCCGGCGCGGGCAAACUGGCGGGCAAGGGCGACCUCGGCGACAUCAUGGACCAGGAGCUGAGCAAGGCAGCCGACGCCAUCGCGGCGGCCGUGCAGAGGUUAGCCAAGCUCAAGAACAAGCCGCGGGACGGGUACUCGACAUACGAACUCAAGGUGCACGACUCGAUCCUCGAUGCGGCCAUGGCUGUGACCAAUGCCAUCGCGCAGCUCAUCAAGGCGGCAACGGUGACACAGCAAGAGAUUGUGCAGGCGGGCCGGGGCUCGUCCUCGCGACAAGCCUUUUACAAGAAGAACAACAGGUGGACCGAGGGUCUCAUCUCGGCGGCCAAAGCCGUCGCGUCGUCGACCAACACGCUCAUCGAGACGGCGGACGGGGUGCUCUCGAACCGUAACAGCCCGGAGCACCUCAUCGUCGCGUCCAACGAUGUGGCUGCCUCGACAGCCCAGCUCGUCGCCGCCAGCCGUGUCAAGGCCGGCUUCAUGAGCAAGAGCCAGGAAAACCUCGAGUCGGCGAGCAAGGCCGUCGGUGCGGCCUGCAGAGCGCUCGUGCGCCAGGUGCAGAGCAUGAUCAAGGACCGCCAGCAGGACGAGGAGCAGGUCGACUACUCCAAGCUCGGCGCCCACGAGUUCAAGGUGCGCGAGAUGGAACAACAGGUCGAGAUCAAGCAACUCGAAAAUGCUCUUGCAGCAGCACGACACAGGUUGGGAGAGAUGCGCAAGAUCUCGUACCAAGAGGACUAG